GACCCCAGGCCCUUCGGGAUGGGUACCUGACUGUGAAGCCAAAACCCUGUCUCUGAACUACUUACCAAAAUGAAGUGUCACCCCCUGCAAUUCCCUGCUUCAGUUGACAGUUUGGGUGACCUUAAAGGGACCCAGAGCAGACUUCCCUCCGUCACCUGAACUCUAGGAGGAACCAGAGCCUUGGUACCAGCAGAGGCCUCUUGUGCCCAUUCGCCUCCUUGGAGAGUCCAGAUGAAUUUGGGUUUGUGGUUACCGCCUGGCUGGGCUUCAUGGAGAAAUCUUCUCUGAUUUCUAAUCUAAAUCCCAGAGCAGCCCCCAUCUUUCAGUGGACAGAAUGAGAGGCCUUCUGUAACCAGGCAUAACUGGCCAUCAUGGGGAAAUUGAUCAGGAUGGGAGUGCAGGAGAGACGGUUACUCUGGCCAAAGCGGCUUCAUUGGAGGCGCCUCCUCUUCCUAUUGGGAAUGCUGAUCAUGGGUUCCACCUACCAGUACCUGAGGAGCCCCCGGGGGCUCCCCUCACUGUGGGCAGCAGUCUCUUCCCAACACCCUGUAAAACUAGCCAGCCGGGACCUUUCCAACAAUGAGAUGAUGAUGGUGAGCAGUGACCCUCCAAAAUCUAGCCCUGAGAUGGAGGUUGAGACAUGGGCACCCCAAGCCACAGUAGGCAGAGAUGGAACAACACCUGGUGUAACAAUGGAGAACACCCCCAGUAUACCUAGAAGAAUAGCCAACGUCAUUCCAGCAACACCCAAGAGCAGCGACAGCCCAGCAGCAGCCCGCAAAGAAAAAGUGAAGGAAGACACCCCAGCCACACCCAGUGGAGCACUGAAUCACUACCCUCCAACUUCAGGCAGACCAGUGGUAAAUAAUUAUACCCCAGCAACACGCAGGGGAGAAGUGAAGAGCUACCGCCCAACUCAAGCCAGGGGAAAGGUGAGGAAAUACACCCCAUCCCCACUUGGUAGGAUGGUGAACAGUUACGCCCCAUCCACAUUCAUGACAAUGACCAGGAGCCAUGGGAUCACCCCCAGAGCAACAGUGAAAGACAGUGAAAUUAUGACAACCAACAAAAUACUGGAGACCAACCCUUCCAAGAGAGUAUUGGGGGAAACCACCCCAACUCCUCUCAAGGGAGUAACUGAUAACGGCCUGCCCUUCCUGAUAAAUGACUUAGAAACUGACACGUUGACUUCUCCAAGGAAUGUGGCAGAAGAGAAGACCCUAACUACCACCAGAAGAGUGGACAAUAAUAGCUCAACCAACCACCGGGGGUUAGUGGGAAAAAACAGCCUGACAACACCCCAAGGAACAGUCCUGGAGCACACCGCAGCCACCUCUGAGGGGCAGGUGGCAGUAAGCAUCACGACAGAAACCAAAGCCUCUACUGCUGCGUGGAAGGCUAGGAAUCCCUCGUCCAGAACCAGUGCACCGACCGUUGGAAUAUCCUCAGCCACCUUCUGGGGGCUGGUGAAGAACCCUUCACCAGCACCCACCACUCCAGCAACUCCCAGGGUCAGGGCAAGUCCGACCACUCAGGUCCAUCACUGUGUGGUUGUGGAGCCAGUCCCAGUCUCGUCCACUGUCCCCUCCCCCAGUCUGACAACAGCUGGGAUGCCAGAGACUCCCAGUCCCUCAGUACUGCCUUCUGGGCAGCCAGACCUCCACCCCAAGGCAGAGUACCCCCGAGACCUGUUCAGUGUGAAGGAGCGGAGGCAGGGCUGGGUGGUCCUGCACAUCUUUGGCAUGCUGUAUGUGUUUGUAGCCUUGGCCAUCGUUUGUGACGAGUACUUUGUCCCAGCCCUGGGUGUCAUCACAGACAAGCUGCAGAUCUCUGAGGAUGUGGCAGGUGCUACCUUCAUGGCUGCUGGAGGCUCUGCCCCCGAGCUCUUCACCUCCCUCAUCGGCAUCUUCAUCUCACAUAGCAAUGUGGGCAUCGGCACCAUAGUGGGCUCUGCGGUGUUCAACAUCCUCUUUGUCAUUGGCACUUGUGCCCUCUUCUCCCGGGAGAUCCUCAACCUCACCUGGUGGCCCUUGUUCCGUGACAUCACCUUCUACAUCCUUGACCUAAUGAUGCUCAUCCUCUUCUUCCUGGAUAGCCUCAUUGUCUGGUGGGAGAGCCUGCUGCUUCUGCUGGCCUAUGCCCUCUAUGUGUUCACCAUGAAGUGGAACAAACAGCUUGAGCUCUGGGUGAAGAAGCAGCUCAGCAGGAGGCCAGUGGCCAAGGUCAUGGCCCUAGGGGACCUUAGCAAGCUCGCGUCCAUGCUGACCCAAGGGAGCAGCUUGGCCUCUCUGCACAACAGCACCAUCCGCAGCACCAUCUACCAGCUCAUUUUCCGCAGCCUGGACACUCUGGGGGAAGCCCGGCCCUCCAAGGACAAGGAGGAGGAGAGCUUGAAUCAGGAGGCCAAAGCCAAGCCUCAGGCCAAAGCAGAGAGCAAACCAGAAGAGGAGGAGCCAGCCAAGCUCCCUGAGGUCACGGUCACACCAGCCCCUGCUCCAGACGUCAAGGGAGAUCAGGAGGAAGAUCCUGGCAGUCAGGGAGAUGUGGCUGAAGCUGAGAGCACAGGUGAAAGGACAGAUAAUGACGUUAAAACUCCUGGUGAAGGUGAAAAUGGAGAGCAAAGUGGAGGUGAAGCUCAACCAGAAGGUGAAGGUGAAGAAAAAGGAGAGAAUGAAAGUGAAGGUGACAUCCAGGCAGAAAGGAAAGGAGAGAAUGAAAGUGAAGGUGACAUCCAGGCAGAAAGGAAAGGAGAUGAUGAAGGUGAAGGUGAAGGUGAAAUCCAAGCAGGAGAAGAUGGUGAAAUGAAAGGUGAUGAAGGUGAAACUGGAGAGCAGGAAUUGAACGCUGAAAAUCAAGAUGAAGCCAAAGAAGAUGAGAAAGGUAUAGAUGGUGAAGAGGAAGGUGAUGGAGGUGAGAGUGAAGACGAAGAGGAGGAGGAGGAGGAGGGAGAGGAGGAGGAGGAGGAGGAGGAGCAGGAGGAGGAGGAGGAGGAGCCUUUGUCCCUGGAAUGGCCUGAGACCAGGCAGAAGCAAGCCAUUUACCUCUUUCUUCUGCCCAUUGUGUUCCCACUGUGGCUGACGGUGCCCGACGUCCGGAGGCUGGAGGCUAGGAAAUUUUUUGUUAUCACCUUCCUGGGAUCCAUCAUGUGGAUAGCCAUGUUCUCAUACCUCAUGGUGUGGUGGGCUCACCAGGUUGGUGAAACAAUAGGGAUUUCUGAAGAGAUUAUGGGCUUGACAAUCCUAGCAGCAGGCACAUCAAUUCCUGACCUCAUCACCAGUGUGAUUGUCGCUCGGAAAGGCCUGGGAGACAUGGCCGUGUCAAGCUCUGUGGGCAGUAACAUAUUUGAUAUCACCGUGGGCCUGCCCCUUCCUUGGAUGCUUUUCUCUUUUAUCAAUGGAUUACAGCCUGUUCCUGUCAGUAGCAAUGGCUUGUUUUGUGCCAUUGUUUUGCUUUUUCUCAUGCUCCUGUUUGUGAUCUCUUCAAUUGCAUUAUGCAAAUGGAGAAUGAACAAGAUCCUGGGCUUUACCAUGUUCCUCCUGUACUUUGUAUUCCUGAUAAUCAGUGUGAUGUUAGAAGAUCGAAUCAUAUCCUGUCCUGUGUCUGUCUAAGUCAGUCACUGUUGCUCAAAAUGGACACGGAUCAGAAAACCAUGCCAGAAGUUACUGUACCACUUGUUACAUUAAAGAAUGAACAUGAUCCAGGAGAGUGAACUGAGUGGGCAGGAGCCUCUGAUGUGGAUGUGAUCGGGACUGAAGUUUAUCCUUGGAAAACACCUGCAGCUCAUUGUGGAUAAGGACUCUUUGGAGGGGUGGAGCUCCUACCACCCCUGAUGCAGACAGCUAACACAUGGAGGCCAGCAGAAGGACCCAAGUCAGAGGGUUUUCUAAAAUGAGAUAUUUGGGAGUGAGGGUUGGGACAGGUACCUUAGCAAUCAGAUAAGCUCCCAUGUUCACAGUUCCCUGAUUAUUCCUGAAGGGCUGCUGAUGCAAAAGAUGCAGGUGUGGUCUCCAUCUCACCCUCCUGGCCCCUGCCCCCAGCACAUGCUGCAGUUUACUGUCUCCUCUUUUUCUGUUCAAAACAUGUGGUUCUAUCAGAUUUGUAUUCAUUACAGGUUCAGUUACUGGUGAGUUUAAAGGAGCAAAGUCUAUAGGAAAAAAAGUAUAACAAGAAUCAAUUAUCAUUACACACUGUAGUCCAGUAAAAUGUGUACCAAUAUUUUAUAGCUUAAAAAGGAGGACUACAUAUGCUCUCGUAUUUCUGAAAAGUCAAAUUAAAAUAAGCAGCUCAAGAAAUUAAAAUUCAUAAUUUGCCCUUCAAUUGGAAGAUGUGGGUAUUAGGGAAGGAGAACUACUCUGAGGGCUAUUUAAAAACAUGUAUUUAUUAGGAAAUCCAAGUUAGUGUUGUCUCCAUCAGGUGGGUCACCUUGAGGGAUUAGACAUUCUGACAAAGCUGUCCUGGCUCUGUGCCCCUCCCCUCUCAUAUUCUCACCCAACAGUGACAGCUGCACUAGUGAGUGAGAAACAAAGUAAUUUUUAAAAAGAGUCUAAAGUCAGUAGAGCCAAAUCUGGUUUACAAAGUAAGAGAUCCAGUGGGGCAAUGCUAUUUUUGUAUGUCAUCCUCGAUAGGAUUAUAAAACAAGAAGAUUGAUUUCUUGUGUGGCUUACAAGUGGAUAUUAAGGCGAUUACAAAGGAGAAAUUCCAAAAAUGCUUAAACAAUGACAAGAUGGUAAGGAAAAGAGUAUUACUACUUCCACGGUAGCUGAUGUAAAGGACACCUGUGUGUUUUUAAAAAAAUUAUUUAAUUAAUUUAAUUUUGGCUGCGUUAGGUCUUCGUUGCUGCAUGCGGGCUUGCUCUAGUUGUGGUGAGUGGGAGCUACUCUUUGUUGCGGUGUGCGGGCGUCUCAUUGCGGUGGCUUCUCUUGUUGAGGAGCACGGGCUCUAGGCGCGUGGGCUUCAGUAGUUGUGGAA